AGAUCCACUUUCCCGUUCUUCUUCAUCGCUGAGUGAUACACUACUACUAGGGUUUACCAAACACUCUGAACAAAACCAAUCAUCAAAAUGGCUUCAAAAUCUCUUCUCAGAAAUGGAGUUGCAUUGAUGAAUCGAUUAUCAAUAUCAAAUUCAAAAUCACUUCUGAAUCCCAACCCCCAUCAACCUUACCUUUUCCCAUCCCUCUCCAAGCUCCAGAAUUUUCCUCAAAACGACGCCGAAUCAGCGAAGAACCUUAUUUCCUCCGAAGGGUUUCUCUACCCAUGUGGCCUCCCUUCUCUUCGCUUCUUCUUACCCAAUGGGGAUGCUUCUUCAGACGAGCCAAUGAUUUUAUUCCCAAAAAGGACAUUUCAACCUAGCAUUAUCCGCAGAAAGAGGAAUCAUGGUUUUUUUGCUCGGAAGGCAACCAAGGGUGGCAGAAAGGUAAUUGCUCGAAGAGUAGCCAAGGGUCGGUUUAGGAUUACAGCUUAGUGUCAUUGACUUAAAAGUUAACGAUUCAACGUAGCACCUUAGUGCACUUCAUGAUAAGAAACUUCAGUGGAACAGGGCGAACGGGCUGAGGGGUUUCUGAGUACAGUAUUCUAUAAACCAUUUUCCAGGCAGCUAUUGUAUGGAUAUGUUAUGAAUUCAUUUAUUGGCUUUUUGACAUCGCGGUCAGUUUCAAUAAUAUGUAACCCUUACUGUUUUAUGUCCAAGAUAGCUUAAAGAUUUAGGUGUGGUUGAUUUACUAAAUGUGAAGUUUGAUAGAAUGGGAUUUCUUAUUUUAAGCCAUGUCCAUUCGCAUUU